AUUGAUGAACUUAUUUGUCUUAUUAUUUCUUUAUUUAAUUUUAUCUCAUCAAAUGAUAUCCGUAUAGUGGAUUUUGUAAGUAGUAAACAAGGCAGUUCUUGUUUCACAUUUUAAUCUCGUAGGAAUUGCGCUAACAAUUUCCGAUCAAACUGAAACUUGCAGAAGAUCUCAAGAUAUUUUCCACUUCAUCGAAAACACCGAACUAUUACAUUUUCAUGCGAGACAUGGUUAAAGUGAUGCCGCAAAUGCUCAAAAGCAUGGAGAUGACGAACUGACACUUUGGAUUUUGGAGGCUUGCCAAAACGGGCUUCCGUCUCCAAUCAUAAAAAAUAUAAGGCAAAACUGUUAAGAGCAUAACGAAGCUCGAUCCUCUCAUGGACGCUUUCUUGGGAGUUAAAAAACUUGUAAGCCAUUCAGGUAUCUGUAAGUGUGUUUCUCAUUCAGCAUCUUAUUCUUAUCUCAAACACGUCGUCUUUCGAUGUUUGCAAACAAGCUUUGAUGGUCCUUUGUUUUACACCUGUCCGUUAUCAGUUUAUAUUUAUUGUCGCUGAGAAGGCACAUUUUAAGGUUGAAUCGCGAGUAGAAUAAACUCCAGUAUAUUUCUUCUAGCCGGUAAAAUCUGUGAUACGGAAACGUCAAUAGCAACUCCAAACAAAAGACCACGUCGGAAACCUGUGGUAAUGACGGGAAAUUUUCGUUUAAUUUGGUUGAAUGAAAACAAGGACAACUUCAACAAUUCUCUCACACAGUUGCAACGAGUUAGCAACUCAAUUAAUUCAUUCGACGAUGCUGAUGAAUGCAUUGAUUUUCUAACCUACAUGACAGAAGACAUUGUCUUUAUGAUUGUCUCGGAAACAUUAUACAGGGAUAUUAUGCAAGUUCUUCAAGACAUCGGCCAAAUAAAAUUUGUCUAUAUUUUCUCUGACAAUCAUACACAACUUCAAAACUUGAACAAAGAGUGGUCCAAAAUUAAGGGUGUAUACGUUGACAUUACAUCGCUCUGCGGCGACCUUCUUACAGCUUCUGAGAUGUGCCAUCGUAAUACACUUUCAAUUAACCUCAUCGGAGAAAGUGAUCGAAUAGUCGAUGAAAAGUUGAACACGUUGGAAUGCUCUUUUAUGUAUACGCAAAUAUUGAAAGAAAUCUUACUUACCAUUGAUUUCACACGAGAACAUAUUGAUCAAUUCGUAAAGUAUUAUAAAGAGCGAUUUCCUAACGGUUUUAUUAGCAGCCAUGAUGCUAAGAUGCUUGAGACGGAAUAUUAUCAUAAAUCGCCAAUCUACUGGUAUACGUCUUCCAGUCUUCUAUACUCCACACUCAAUAGAGCUUUACGUUUAAUGGAUGUUGGCCUUAUUGUUAAAUUAGGUUUCUUUCUUCGUGAUCUCCAUCAAAAUAUUGUUAAAUUGCAUAUGGAACAAUUUAGUGAACAAAGUCAUUUGAAACCAUUUACUGUGUAUCUUGGUCAAGGUUUGUCUCAAACAGACUUCGAGCAGUUGAAAAAUGCAACAGGUUACUUAUUAUCAUUCAAUAAUUUUUUAUCAACAAGUUGUGAUCGAGAAGUAUCCUCCAUCUUUGCUGAAAGUAAUGCAUCAGAUCCCAAUCAUAUUGGUGUUCUAUUCCAAAUAUCUGUUGAUCCAUCGAUAGCUAAAAUGUUUUACGCUGAUAUUGAAGACGAGAGUCAAUACCAAAACGAAAAAGAGAUUUUGUUCUCAAUGCAUUCAAUCUUCCGUGUUGGACAAGUGAAAUAA